AUGAGCAGUAUUGGAGAAAAUAUGGAGUUUUGUGACUCCAGUGGAAGUGAUAUAAUUGAAGAAGAGAUUGGAAAGAGUGAGCAACAAGUUUGUACAGAAUUAAAUAAAAAUAAACAAAAUGAAGAACACACAACGCUAAGUCAAAGAGUGGCGGAAAAAAGAACAAGAGAGGAUAGUGAAGAGAUAAUUGAAGAAGAUGAGGGCUUUAUCACAGUCAGAAGAGGCAAAAAACCGGUGAAAAAUAACCUUUCUAGAAACCCGGAUAAUACUAACAUGAAGGCCGUGGAUAUGAGAAACAACAGAAAUGACAUACCAAUGGUCAUGAUAACAUCGAAAGAAGUUUUACCUAAGCAGUUUGGAAUGGCAAAACUACUGCGAGCCGAAAAUAUACAAGAUGUCUCAAGAAUCAAAUAUAAAGGAGCUUAUAAAGUACUGAUACAUUUUGAAAAUAGAGAAAGUGCUAGAAAGUUAAUUUGUUGUGAGAAACUUAUAAGUUUAGGGUACAGGUGCCAAAUGAUUGAUGAAAUAAAUCUGUCAUAUGGGGUACUACGCGAAAUAGAUUCAGAUAUGGAAGAUACAGAGAUCGCUGAAUGUUUGACUUGUGACUACGAGAUAAUAUCGGUGAGACGGCUGAAACGUUUAAAUGACCUAAACGAAUGGAUAAAUAGCGGAACUAUUAGACUAUGUUUUAAAAGUUCCACUUUGCCCCCGUACGUAUACGGGUACGGGUGUAGGUUUAAAGUGGAACCGUACACGUUUCCUGUGUCUCAGUGCUCAGGAUGUUGGAAAUUUGGUCACCUUUUAAAAUUCUGCCCUACCAAAAAGAUUAUAUGUCCGAAAUGCGUUGGCCCCCAUGAAAAUUGUGAAGUCUCAGAGUUUAAAUGCGCUAAUUGUAAGGGUGCUCACAUGGCCCUAGAUAAAUCCUGCCCUAUGUUUAUCAAAGAAAAAGAGAUUAGAAAGAUUAUGUCCAGCCAAAACUAUACUUACCGCAAAGCCCUAUCAGUAUGGCUAGAAGUUAAAAAAUCACAGAGGAAAGAGACUGAUAAUAUGGAGAAGAUAGAUUAUAUUACCGAUAAAAAGUUAGUAACAACGAAUAAAAUGCUAGAUCAGUCAAAAUCGUACAGAGAUGUAGUUGUUAACAACUCUUUUGAUAGGCUAAAGGUGAAUGAUGAGAAGAUACACAUGAAAAAUUUUGAGGAUGAAGGAAAUGACACCGAUUGUUCACAGAUUCAACGCAAAAAAAAGAAGAAGAUGAAAAGAAAGAACCAGAAUAACCAAAGUUUUGAAGAGUACGCAUCUGAAGUAGAACACGAAUCUGAAACCUAUGCCCGGUAA